AUGCAUACCAUUACAUGCGGCUACGGGGACUUCAAGGCCGUCAUAAUACUUCAGAGCUUCCUACACUGUCAGAAAGCGACCUUGGCCUCACAAUCUCUCGCGUCUACUCCAAGUACUGCGACGAAUGGCUCAGCGUCUCCUGCUGCCAUCUGCAGCUCUUCUUCCUCUCCAGCCCAAUCUAGUCUUACGCCGCUCGAUUCAUCUUCUCAAUCUCAAGCGGAUGAUGAUACUACGAAGGCCAUAAACACCAGACUCAAGAUGUCCUUCAUACACUGGCGGCAUAUCGCAGCGCUCAUCCAUGGCGCUCAUAUGCUGUCUCUCAUCUUCCUUUUCACCGGCCAAGGAGCUCAAUAUGUCCGCAUGGGCCUUGAACUGAUGCACUAUCCAGUCUUCAGUCAAAGUCUCAAGCAUUCCGGAGAUUAUCUCAAGAAAAGUCUGGGUUGUAAGUGGGAUCUGCUCACUGAACUUGGGAAGUCAAACGAGGAGGAUAGUCGAAUAGCAAGUCCCGAAAUCGCGCAGCCAAUAUGCACCGCUUUACAGGUAGCACUCUUCGACCUUCUACAGUCUUGGGGGAUCUCUCCCAACAGUGUUGUAGGCCAUUCGUCUGGAGAGAUGGCCGCUGCAUAUUGUGCUGGCGCUCUGGGCCACGAAGAAGCGAUAGGACUGGCUUACCUUCGCGGAAUUGUUUCUGAAAAGAUCUCUUCCCAGACCAGUGAAUCUGCCCAUGCCAGACUUGGAAUGCUAUCAGCAGGCAUGGAUGAACAAUCAGCAGUCCAACUGCUGAAGGACAUGGGUGUUGAUGGGUCAGUGAGCGUCGGAUGCGUGAACAGCCCGAUCAACGUCACACUCACAGGUACAGUUGAGGCACUGGACAGUGUCUACGACAAACUCGAUGAGGACGAAGUAUUUGUCAGAAGGCUAGCUGUCAGCGUGGCAUAUCAUUCUAAGCACAUGGAAACAGUAUCUGACGAAUACUGUUCCCUCAUCAAGGAGCAACUCCAGCUCCAAGCUGCCCUUGCAUCCAACAAAACCAAGGUGGCGAUGUUCUCCUCGGUUACCGGGGAGCGCAUCGAACUCUCCGAAACCAGAGAACCCUCAUAUUGGGUGAGAAAUCUGAUAGGAACGGUGCAUUUCUCAGAUUCUCUCACUUCUGCCGUACAAGCCGAGAAGAGGACACACUUUUUCGUCGAGAUUGGACCGCAAGCUGCACUUCGCAGGCCUGUGCAGGAUACUCUCACCCCACUCCUUGGCAAAAGCGCGAGCAAUAAGUGGACAUAUGUCAACUUACUUGACCCAAAGACCGAUGACACGACGGCUGUCUUGAACUCCCUUGGCCGAGCCUGGUGUGCAGGUGUAGAUGUUGACAUCGCCAGCAUCAACAUGUCUUCUCUUGACGAUGAGAAAGAACCACCAAAGAUGAUACCAGACUUGCCGUCGUAUCCCUUCAAUCACACGAAGACUUUCUGGGAGGAGUCUCGUCUAUCCACCCGUUUUGCUUUUCGGAAACACAGACGGCAUGGUCUUUUGGGACUUCGUACACGGGACUUCAAUCCGGCCGAAGCCAGUUGGAGACACAUCAUUCGGUAUGAUGAAAACCCGUGGAUUCUAGACCACACGCUGAAUGGCUCCUCUAUCUAUCCCGGAUCUGGAAUGAUUGUAAUGGCGGUCGAAGCUCUCAGGCAGAUGACCGUUGUUGAAGAGGGUAUGGUGAUCAAGGGCUACCGUGUGAAAGACGUCAAAUUCAAACGAGCUAUCAACGUAAACGACUCAGAGCGCGGAGUGGAGGCCCAAUUGCAUAUCCGCCAACGAAGAGAUGAUGUCAACAAUUCCCUUCAGAAGUGGUACGACUGGCGAGUCUUCACUCAGGGGAGCGGCGAUGAAUGGCUGGAAGCUGCAUACGGUCGCAUAAACGUCGAGAUCGAAAACAAGACGGUCACUCCUGGCGCCCAUGAACGCGAUAUGCGUCUAUCACAUGACCUGCAGAACAUGUACGAGGAUGUCGCCGACAGGUGCAAGUUCAAAACCUACCCAGACCAGAUGUAUGGCAAUAUGGCUUCAUUGGGCCUACACUACGGCCCGUUCUUCGCACGCCUCACCGAUAUCCAAUACUCCAAAUCGGGACAUGCAACCGCAACUCUGCCAAUGCGGGACUACGCGGAUAAGAUGGCAUUCGCAAAUGAGGAUCCUUGCGUUAUACAUCCUACGACUCUUGAUGCGCUUUGUCACUUGCAGAUGGCAGCUCUCUCGCAUGGUGGCUGGAAGCCCAUCCCCACAAUGAUGUUCACCCAUUGCGCUGAGAUGUGGAUCAGCCACAAACUGCUCUCCCUGCCUGGGAACCCAACUGUCAGAGCAGCCUCAAGACAGACUAUGAAAGGAUUCAGAGAAUGUGAAUUCGAUACCGUCGCAUUCCUGAGGGACACCAAUGAGCCCGCCGUCAUCAUCCGUGGCGAAAGAGGUACUGCAAUUUCCAAUCUUGACGAGGGUGCCGGCAUGAGUAGUGGCGAGGCUUUUGAUACGGCAUGCUAUAGUCUUUCAUUCCGGCCAGACCUAAGACUUUUGGGGAACCAGACGACUUACGAGUUCUUGAUGGGCCAAACGUUCAGGAAAUUUGCUCUUCCGAACACCGAUCAUAUCGACCGCGCAGAUGCAAUGGCAAUCUACUACGUUGAGAAUGUUCUGGACCGUCUCAAGGCCGAGACAGAUGGUUCUGAUUUUGGUGACUACAGAGACCAUUAUGUCGCGUGGAUGAGACGAAUGCGUGCUAAAAAGAGCGAAUACACCCCGGCGUCCCGCGGACGGACCGACAUCGAGGCUGGAUCCCUCGUCACCCUCGACGUUGAGGAGCCCACCCAGAAGCUCAUACGCAAAGUCGGCGACAAUCUAUUUGAUAUGUUAACAGGGAAAGCAAAUAUCCAUGAGGUCAUCUUCGGUGGUCAUUUAGUAGAUGACUACUACUCGGCGGAGAUGUUCAAAAUACACGCUCAUCGCACAGGCUCGUAUAUAGACAUCCUUGCACACGCGAACCCUUACCUCCGGAUCUUGGAGGUCGGUGCUGGAACAGGAAGCUCGGCUGCUGGUGUGCUUCCAUUUUUGACACAUGAUAUGGGUAACGACAGAAGAAUGAUCCGAAUAUCUGAGUACAUGUACACCGACGUGUCAGCUGGCUUUUUUGAACAUGCGCGUCAGCGAUUCAGCGAUUAUUCCUCGAUCCUGUCCUUUUCCAAGCUGGAUAUUGAAGCAGAUCCAGUCGCACAGGGCUUCCAAGAAGGCACUUACGACGUGGUUAUUGCCGGCAACGUGGUACACGCGACAAGUGACCUACACACUUCUCUCAAGACCGUAAGACGGCUGCUGAAGCCGGGCGGAAAAUUCAUCAUGGUCGAGAUCUGUAACCCACAGAGCGUGCGCGAGGGCUUGAUCUUUGGCCUGCUGCCGGGCUGGUGGUUACGCACACAGCGGGGUGAGGGAGAAACAGUGGUCUAUCCUGACCAAGGUCCUCUCCUUACAGAGUCUCAAUGGUCCAAGGUCCUCACUGAAUGUGGCUUCUCGGGUGUGGACAUGCAAUUCAGAGACCAUGACGCAUUACCUUACCACCGGUUGAGCACAUUAGUAGCUACUGCCGUGGAAGACUCUACCACUCCCGUGGCCACUGUCAGCCCUUUGUCGACAUACAUUGUCCUUGACCCUGAAUCUUCUCUUCAAACAGAACUUGCUAAUUCACUUCAGUCAAGUUUACACGUGGCAUCAACCAUCACAUUGGCUCAAGCCGAGGCGACAAAUCUGGGAGACAGCAUCGUGAUAUCCCUCCUCGAACUUGACGCAAGCAUUCUCCACCACGUAUCGAAUUCACAAAUGCAAGCCAUCAAAAAGAUAUCUUUGAAUUCGCACCGUCUGCUAUGGGUCACUUCAGGUGGUGGACCAAGGGCUCAAAACCCGGAGGCGGAGCUCAGUAUUGGCUUGGGAAGAACAGUUUGCUCCGAACGAGGAGACCAGGGCUUCAUUGUUAUCAGCCUCGACCCCGGUAGCCUCGAGGAUGUGGAUCAUAGAGUCAAAUUGAUUGAGCCAGUACUUCGUCGUAUCUCUUCUAAGGACCUGAACGAUGACGAAGUCGAGACAGAGCUGGCUGAAAUCGACGGGGUUCUUCAGAUUCCUCGUGUUGCACCAAAUGGGAGACUCAACGACGCGGUUGCAUCAAGGAUGAUCAACAGACCACUGGAAAAGCAGACUUCCAAUGUGGGAUCCUCCACUGAGGGAACUUCGACGGAGACGAAGCCCAUCCGGCUGACCAUCGGCAACCCGGGUCUCCUUGAUACUUUGCACUUCAAGGAGAUACCUGAUGCUGGGAAGCCACUACAAACGGAUGAAGUCGAGAUCAAAGUUAUGUCAUCAAGUAUCAAUUUCAAAGACGUCAUGAUCGCUCUUGGCCAGAUACCUGGGACUCAGCAUGGUUUUGGAUACGACGGCUCGGGUGUCAUCACCAAAAUUGGUCCGACUUGCAAGCAUGCUAAGGUCGGCGAUAGGGUCAUGUUCGUGGCCGUGACUGGAGCCUUUGCAACAGUUGUGAGGGUUUCUGAGCUCCAAACUCACAUCAUGCCCGCAUCAAUGUCAUACACAGUAGCCGCUUCCAUUCCUGUUGUGUACUGCACCGCACUCUAUUCCUUGGACUACGUGGCACGGCUAGGUCCUGGUGAGACUGUGCUCAUUCACGCAGGUGCGGGCGGAGUAGGCCAAGCAGCGAUCCAGAUUGCACAGAGACGAGGUGCAACAAUAUAUGUGACCGCUGGCUCAGAGACAAAGCGGAAUCUGCUGAUGACCGAGUAUGGCGUUCCAGCUUCCCACAUCUUUAGCAGCCGUGAUGCAACUUUUGUUGACGAUAUCAUGCAUGCUACUGGUGGACGGGGCGUCGAUGUUGUCCUGAACAGUCUGGGUGGCGAGCUGCUGCAGCAAAGCUGGAAAUGCAUCAAAGUUUUCGGGCGCUUUGUCGAAAUCGGCAAGGCAGAUAUUCUGCAGAAUACGGGCCUCGAUAUGGCUCCGUUCGACCGGAAUGUUACCUUUUAUGCUGUGGACCUCAUCGUUGUGGUCGAGAAUUCCAAGGAGUUGAUGAGGAAAGUCAUGGCCGAUGUGAUGACCCUAUGGGACGGCGAUAAACCCGUCCAUGAACCCAGACCACUUCACGUCUAUCCCUCCACCAGAUUUGAAGACGCAAUGCGCUACCUUCAAAGUGGUAAAAACACCGGAAAGACUGUCAUGGACUGGUCAGAGCCCGGAACUGUGCAAUACCAACCGUGCUGGAAACCAGCCUAUACUUUCAGGGCCGACGCGACUUAUGUGCUCGCUGGAGGCCUCGGUGGCCUACCGAGAGCCAUGGUACGCUGGAUGAUUUCCCGUGGAGCCAAAUUCUUCCUACUUCUGUCUCGAUCUGGUGUUGGAGGCCAUGAAGAUGCCGAAAAGUUCCUUCGGGAAGUCGAACAUUUGGGCGGCACAAUUUUUGCACCGGCUUGUGAUAUUGCCAAAUGCGAUGUACUCGAGAAGACCUUGAGAGGAUAUGAGGGCAAGUUGCCGCCGAUCAAAGGAUGUAUUCAAGGUGCUAUGGUUCUCCAUGAUGAGCUCGUGGAACACAUGACAGCAGACGUCUGGAACGAACCACUAGAGUCAAAGUAUCAUGGUUCCCGCAACCUUGUGAAUCUUUUGCCACACGAUAUGGAUUUCCUCGUGAUGCUAUCAUCAUUUGCCGGCAUCAUCGGUAAUCGAGGCCAGUCAAACUACGCAGCUGGAAACACAUACCAAGACGCUCUGGCAAGGAACCUCGUCGUACACCAGCGCCGGCGUGCAGUCAGUGUCAAUCUUGGUCUGAUCCUCGAGACGGGCUCCGCAAAUUCCAAUUACUUCUUCGUGCAGUCAACUCUGCGAGCCGGAUUCAGUGGGGUCACUCAAGAGCAGUUGAUGGCACUGCUGGACGUGGUCUGCGAUCCCAAGUAUGAUUACAGUCAGCCAGAGGCUGCACAGAUAGUGCAUGUGGUUGAUAGCCCUAAGCAGCUGUGGCAGAAAGGCCACGAGUCUGUUGUAGGCUGGAUGACCAAGCCUCUGUUCAAGAACUUGCACCGAAUCGGUGCCAGCUUCGCAUCCUCCUCAGAGGGCAGUUCCGCAGCUGCCUCGUCGUCUACGAGUGUCGACUAUCUCGCCCUGGUCAAAGCAUCCAGUUCAACAGAGGAGGCGGGCGAGGUGAUUUGCAAAGCUCUUAUACAAAAACUCGCGAAAAGUCUCAGUGUUCCAGAGAAAGACCUGGACCCUGCACAGCCUGCUUUCAGACAUGGAGUUGACUCACUUAUUGCGGUGGAGGUCAGAUAUUGGUUCCUCAAAACCUUCGGAACUGAAGUGGCUGUUUUCAACAUUUUGAAAGAUUGGAGCAUGACUGAAUUGUGUCAUUCCGUAGCUACGGGCCUUGUGAAGCAUGAAGGCUGA